UGCUCUAGCGCGAGCGCGCGCUCUUGCAAAAAUUUGAUCACGUAAUGUAGCCACGCGCACGCGCACUUUUGAGGCGUGGCCUAGCGCUAGCCACGUGGUAGCUGAUCCAAGAUGGAGGCAAAGGACAAGCCUAAGAGAAAGCGAGUCAAUUUAUCUAUUGAACAAAAGAUCGAGAUUCUUGAGAAGCUGGACAGAGGUAUUUCUAAUACAGCUAUUGCUUCUGAAUAUAGCAUUGGAAAAUCCACAGUAACUGAUAUACAGAAAUCUAGGAGCAAAAUUACUCAGUUUGCCGUUGAAGCUAAAGACAGCAGUAGUUUUAAGAAGCGUUGCAUUGUUAGGAGAGCUGAUGAUGACCAAUUUGACAAGGCCAUGCACCUUUGGUUCACACAAGAACGGCACAAAGGCACUCCUCUGAGUGGGGUUGUUGUCAUGGAGAAAGCCAGGCUGAUGCACCAGCAAAUGUAUCCAGAUCGGUCACCAGAUGAUUUCAAGGCUAGCACUGGUUGGCUUCAUAGAUUCAAGCAGAGGCAUGGUAUUCGUCAACUAAGCAUGCAGGGAGAGUCUCUUUCAGCUAAUCCUCAGUCUGCUGAAGCAUUCAAGCUGUCUUUGCAUAAAUAUAUUGAAGAUCAUAAGCUUUCCAUCCAUCAGAUCUUUAAUUGUGAUGAGACAGGUCUGUGUUGGCGCCUGCUGCCGAACAAAACCCUGGCAGAUGGUUCUGAAAAGGCUGCAAAGAAUUGCAAAUCCCCUAAAGAUCGGGUAACAUUGAUGGCAACUGCCAAUGUCAGUGGAGAUAUGCGUAGCCCUCUGGUCUUUAUUCACAAGAGCGCUAAGCCUCGCUGUUUUUCAGGGGUCAACAUGUCAUCUCUACCAGUCCAUUAUUAUAGCCAAAAAAGUGCCUGGAUGGAUCAAUCAAUUUUCUUGGACUGCGUUACUUGA